AUGGAUACGAUGCGCGAGGAGAAACGACACGCCAUUCCGGCCAUUGGCUUCUACCCACAGGAGGAAAUCAGUACAGGAACAACUUUGAUCGCCAUGGAAUACAACGGAGGAGUUGUCGUCGGAACCGAUUCGCGAACCAGCGCUGGAGCUUUCAUCACAUCGCGUGCCACCAACAAAAUCACACCGAUCACCGAUAAUCUUGUGGUUUGUCGAUCAGGAAGCGCCGCUGACACCCAAGCCAUCGCUGAUAUCGUUAAGUACAAUCUGGAAGUCUAUUCGAUGAUUGAAGCUGCUCCAGUCACAAUUUACCGCUCUGCUCAGAUUUUCCGUCAAUAUCUUUACAACUACAGAGAUUCUCUAUCGGCGUCGGUUCUUGUUGCUGGAUACGACGACAAGCUUGGAGGACAGCUCUACGCCCUUCCAAUCGGUGGAUUUGUGACCAGACAGCGUUCAACUGCUUCGGGAUCUGGAUCGACGUUCGUCCAAGGAUUCCUCGACAGCAAAUGGAAGCCAAAUUUGUCACUUGAGGAAUGCAAAGCCAUCGUCAAGCAAGCUGUUGGUCUCGCGGUUUUCCGCGAUGGCUCAUCUGGAGGUGUCGUUCGUCUUGCCACCAUCGACAAGACGGGAACGAAGCUCGAGCUGUUCAGACCGGACAAGCCGGGAUUCCCUGUUGUUCAUGCACCCAAGAGUCACCCAUCGUUCCCAUUGCACAUUGAGCAAGUUUAA